AUGGAAGAUACCAAUCAAACUCCUUUGCUCCUUGAAUCAGUCGAUGCAGCUGUUUCUGAUGAUGUCCAUUCUAAUGGGGCUCCUUCACCCGUAGUUGAAGAAGACGAUUUGGAUCUAAUUCUAUGGAGAAUGAUCAAUGACGGGUCUUGGUUAUCUGGUACAGAUCAAGUUAUGGGAGAACAAUCUGAAUUUCCUCCGGAGCAGUCGUGGCGGAACCCUAAUAAUCAGGCCGGAGAUAUAAACAUGACUUGUAUCGCCUUUGCUGCCAUACUAUGUUCACUUGUAUGUUUCUCCAUGGGAUUUGGAAGUUACAAAACGCGGACAAUUGCAGUAGCCAUGGGUUCAUCCGUCCUGAUUCAACCAAACCGUUUGUUUGUGGAGACCAUAAGUGUGGAGCAACCAUCCAUAGACAAAGAUAAGGAUGGACCAACCAUAUACCGGUUUACCAAGGAACCGCCUCUAGUUAUAAGUAUUUGGUCUGAGGAGUGGAUGUACUUCUUGAACGAGGGAUCACAGAUUAAUAUUUCUUACAGUGUAAUCAGUUCUUCAAAACUGUUUCUUACGAUCGCUCACGGAAAUAAUCAUGGUUAUGGGCGUGAUUAUAGUGAUGGUUAUUGUUAUUCUUCUGGCCAAUGUAAGUAUGACCAGUCAGGUCUAAAUCCCACCCUCUCCUGGAACAUCAUUCAAGGAAACGGUAUAAUCCAACAAAAUAUUUUACUUUCUGGUAAUUACUACAUUACGGUGGAGAAUCUAAACCUUGAGAUGGAAGAGGUCAAAAUUGUUUGUUGUGCCAAGGUGGAAUUAAACAUCAGUGGAAGGGCCUUGAUUUAUGAUACCGAUAAGGCGUACUACAUGUGUAAGCUGGCACGAGGUCGUUGUGUUUUUCCAGUGUUGCUACUUGAAGAAAACCAUGUUGUUUUGACAACCUCUCAAUUUAAUGAUCAGUGGCAUAUCCAAAAAAGAACAUCCAAAGAAAGGAUUGUAGACCUUACCGGUCCAUGA